CUUUAUAUUUUGUAGUUAGCCAGUACAUGUUAAGAGCAAGGCGAAGGAAGUGAGGGAAAGUUUGUCCACCAUCUAGGCGCCGUAUUUGCGCUUUAAAUGUACCAUCAAAAACACCAAUGAGUAAUCCAGAUAACACCGCUGCCGAGCAAGCUCCUGAGAAAAACGAUCGGGAAGUUUUGAACGAAGACGACUCCAAGCUAGGUGAUAAAGUCACGGGGAAAGUGAAAUGGUUUAAUGUUAGGAACGGCUAUGGUUUUAUAAACAGAGACGACAACAACGAAGACGUGUUCGUUCAUCAGACUGCUAUCAUAAAGAAUAACCCCAAGAAAUAUUUGCGAAGUGUUGGGGAUAAUGAGAUUGUAGAGUUUGAUGUUGUUGAAGGUCAAAAGGGAAAGGAGGCCAAAAAUGUGACAGGCCCCAAUGGCACUGCUGUGCAGGGAAGCAAAUAUGCCCCUGAUAGAAGAUCUAGAUACAAUCGGCGCAGAAACUAUAACAGACCUUGGCAAAGGCGGCCCCGACCUGCAAACACUGAUGGUGAAGGUGGGAAUGAGGGAGAUCAGGAAGAAAGGGAUGAUGGCAACCCACCUCCCAGAGACCGCCGAAGAUACAACAGACGUCGCUACAAUCCUCGUAGAAGACAAGAAAACCAAACAGAUGAUAGUGCCCCUGAUAGAUCAGGCAAUGAAAAUCAACCUGACUCUGAGCAAAAAGAGGACCACCAAGACAGGCGACCACCACCCCGGCGAAACAGACGUAGACCUCGUCGUCCACCAGCCGAUGGUCAUCAAAGUGAUGGUCAACAGGUAAGUGAUGCACCGCAUAGCGAUGCCCCACCUGGUGACACUCACCAGGGUGACCAGCAAGAGGGUGAAGGCCAGCAAAGAGGUGGACCCCCGCAGAACGGUCCUCGGAACUAUCGACCUCGGCAGAAACGCAGACCAUACUACCGUCAAAGGCAGCCGCCACAGGACAGGGAUGAUGGCCAUGACCGCAGCAGCCCACAGGAUGGUGACAGAAAUGGAGUGGACCAUGAAGAACCAAAUGACCAUGACAACGAGGAACACAAAGAUGGCCAGCGUCCUCCCCCUCGCCGCAGACGACAGCAGCCAAGAAGAAGGUAUCGUCCACGUAGACAAGAUGAUGGUGGAGACCGUGGUAAAGAACUAGAGGAAUCUGCCCCUCCACGGGAGAACGGACCGCUGGAGGAACGUGCCUCCCCCGAGAAUGCAAGUUGAACACCGCGACGUACCGCCCGCGCACAUAUAUGGCUCCGUAUUUCUUUGUAUUUUGACACGUUCGCGCCUUUAUUAAAAACACCUUAAUUUAUAUCUAUAGAGUUCUUUUCUCCGACCGCACUUUGUUGUGAUAGCGAGAUAUUUUGAUAUUCGCGGCAGGUUGAGUGCUCUCGGGUCGGGAAAAGCCCCGUUGUAUGUAUGUAUCUUUGUUGCAAACGUAGUAUAUGCUAAAUAAUUCACCUGUAAUAAUAUGAGAAGCCUGUGGCGGUACGGAAUAAAGAUUUGUUAAAAAAGUG